CGGAAAUAGUAUUAAAGAUGGAAAUAAGUGCCAAGAAAAUGUGGACGUAGAGUGUAUUCUUCAUUGUAGAGUCAAGUAAACCAUCCGACGAUUCCGCGUUUUCAGCCGCUCCAACCAAAUGUCAGGCCUAAGAGUCCUCGUGUCAGGAGCCUCAAUCGCAGGACCUGCGACAGCGUAUUGGCUCGCCAAGGCUGGUGCAAAGGUCACAGUGAUUGAACGCUUUCCAGCUCUGCGUACGGGUGGACAAGCUGUCGACAUUCGUACCGCUGGUGUUUCUGUUAUGCGAAAGAUGGCGGGUUUGGAAGCCGCUGUGCGAACCAAGUCGACGCAAGAAGAAGGGAUCAGCUUCGUUCGCGAAGAUGGUACACCUUACGGAGUUAUUAGACCAACUGGGAAUCCUGACCAACAGUCGCUUGUCUCAGAAUAUGAGAUCUUACGCGGAGAUUUAUCCGGGAUCUUAUUCGAUAUGACAAAAGACAACAAGAACAUCAACUACGUCUUUGAUGAGCAGAUAGCGUCGAUGCAGCAAAGUGAAAAGAUUACCAGUCCUAUCAAAGUCACCUUUACAAAUGGUACGGAAGCUUCGGAGUACGACUUGGUGGUCGCUUGCGAUGGCGCGAUGUCAAGGACGCGUGCUCUGGGACUAGGAUGUAAUGUUGGUGAUCACAUCGUCUCAACCAACUGUUGGUCAGCCUACUUCUCAAUAUCCCAGGAUGUUCUCAAUGGAAGCAAAAUUGGACAGGGAUUUAACGCAGUGAGAGGUCGAAAUAUCAGUAUUGGAUCGGAUCCCGCAGGCUUCAGUCGCGUCUUGCUCAUGUGCAUGAACCCGAGGGAUAAGCCAGAGAGCGCGGUCGCGUUUCGGGAAGCUUCAGCAAAAGGGAACGACGCGCUCAAGAAGUACAUUGUGCAACACUACAGUGAUGUCGGAUGGAAGAGUGACAUUGCAAUGAAAGAAAUGAUGAAUUCGGAGGAUUUUUAUGCGAGUGAAAUUGUACAGGUCAAAGCACAAACAUUGUCCAAGGGACGAUUUGUUUUGGUUGGUGAUGCAGGAUACGCAGCUGGUCUCACUGGCGGUGGAACGAGCCUUGCUCUUGCAGGCGCCUACAUCCUAGCAGGAGAGCUGAGUAAACACAAGGGAGAUAUCACAGCUGGUCUUCAAGGCUACGAGCAACAGAUCAGGCCUUUGAUCAACAAAAUGCAGGUAAUUCCUCCACUCAUCACAACAAUUCUGGCGCCGCAGACGGCUUGGGGAAUUUGGCUGCGCAACAAUAUUUUCGCGUUUGUUGCAUGGACGGGUCUCGUUGAGCUUGCUCAGCGGUACAUUGGCGGUGGCUUUGGCGAUGCGAAAGCAUUUCCAAUCCCGGAGUACGAUUGGGAGAAAUGAGACGUGAAUUCAAUUCAGUUUCGCCGUUCUAGAGAUAACUGAGAGA